GAUAGUAUUAUACGUGAUGUAAGACAUGAAGACCUGUGCACCACAUUGUGCUGACGUCCGCCUAAUAUAACCAGUUUAUAGAGAGAGAGUGACUCUUUUUAAGACAAUAUGUGGUGUUUUUUGUCUCAUUUUCAGUGCAAUUAUAUAACCGUUUGUUUAUUUAACGACUAUUUGUGAGCAGAAAACAGUUAUUAUAUAAGUGUAGAGACAAUUGAAACACAAAAAUGAACGCUUUAUUCAAGUGUUUUUCGUCCAAAACGACUAAUAAGAAGAAGUCGCGUAAAAUGGGUCCCAAACCUACCGGUGCUGUCAAUAAUCAUCAAACGAUUAGAGCAGCCGUUUUGGUGGCCGUAAUCGCGUCCACCGUUUCUGUGAUAUAUUUAUAUAAAGAGACGAUCAAUGAGUUCACUGUACGUACACUUAAUCCAGACCUCAGCCAACCCACGCCUCACAAGACACCGCCGGCUCCGCCGCCCGCACACAGCGAAGACAGUGGUGUCCAUCAGAUCCGUCAGAAGAUCACACCGAAGCCGUCGGACAUGAGAUCGUGCGCUCUGUUUCUCAAUGAUAUCCAAACGCUAACAUUGGAUGACUUCCAUCCCAUUGAUAAUCAAAAUGCGAAAGACUUAACGUUAAGUCAGAUCUCGAGUUUUAAUAAUUUACAGUUAGGGCCACGGAUUCAGUCCAUUGUACGCAUGGAUUACUUCAAGUUUGUGAAACUAAACCUCAACCGCGGCUGUACUCUAUGGUCAGACGCAUCCAAAUGCAUUCUCCGAGACUGCAGUAUUCAAUACUGCGAUGAAUCACAACUCCCGAAGUCUGUUAUUAUGGGAGAAAAAACU